GGCUGGGAGCCGAGCCGCGGACUCGGCUGCCUGCCUCUCGGCUUGCGGCCCCUGAGCGGCGGCGGGUGCCGGCCUCGGAGCCCCGGACCGUGUCCCAGACACCAUGCAGAACUACAAGUACGACAAGGCGAUCCCGCCCGAGAGCAAGAACGGGGGCAGCCCGGCCCUGAACAACAACCCCAGGAAGGGCGGCCGCAAGCGGGUGCUGCUCAUCUGCCUCGACCUCUUCUGCCUCUUCAUGGCGGGUCUGCCCUUCCUCAUCAUCGAGACCAGCACCAUCAAGCCGUACCGGCGAGGCUUCUACUGCAGCGACGAGAGCAUCCGCUACCCCCUGAAGACGGGGGAGACCAUCAACGACGCAGUCCUGUGCGCCGUGGGCAUCGUCAUCGCCAUCCUUGCGAUCAUCACCGGGGAGUUCUACCGCAUCUACUACCUGAAGGAGAAGUCUCCGUCCGUGAUCCAGAACCCGUACGUGGCCGCCCUCUACAAGCAGGUGGGCUGCUUCGUCUUCGGCUGCGCCAUCAGCCAGUCCUUCACGGACAUCGCCAAGGUGUCCGUGGGCCGCCUGCGCCCCCACUUCCUGGACGUCUGCAACCCCGACUUCAGCAAGGUCAACUGCUCCGUGGGCUACGUGCAGAUCUAUGAGUGCCGCGGGGACGACAGCAGGGUCCAGGAAGCCAGGAAGUCCUUCUUCUCCGGCCAUGCUUCCUUCUCCAUGUACACCAUGCUCUACUUGGCGCUGUACCUGCAGGCCCGCUUCACCUGGAGAGGGGCCCGCCUGCUCCGGCCCCUGCUGCAGUUCACGCUCAUCAUGAUGGCCUUCUACACCGGCCUGUCUCGGGUGUCCGACCACAAGCAUCACCCCACAGACGUGCUGGCGGGCUUCGCGCAGGGCUCCUUGGUGGCCUUCUGCAUAGUCUUCUUCGUCUCCGAUCUCUUCAAGAGCAAGACGGCCAUCUCGCUGCCCCCCCCUCCCAUCCGCAAGGACAUCCUCUCCCCCGUGGACAUCAUAGACAGGAACAAUCACCACAAUAUGGUGUAGGCCGCUGGCUGCCCAAGAGGUUCGCAAACUGACUGCCGACAGCACCCACUGCUGCUGCUGCUCCCAAAUCUCAUCAGACAGUAGAAUGUAGGGGAAAACUGCUUUUUGCCCGAUCUUUUUUUAAAAAACCUUAUUCCGUGGCCUUGUGAAAUUGUUUGUGGUUCAGCCAGAUGGAGACAUCGGUGAAAACGGACACACUUUUCCAGUGCCGACGGACUCGUCCCACGUGUUCAUGUUGUAGUGAACGCCGGCCUGUUCACGGGGAGCACGCGGCUGCGUCCGGGGGGCCCCGUCCGCGCUCCUCCCACAAGCCACUUCCGAUUGUAGCCCCCCGGAGGCAACGACAGCACUGAACUGAGGCCUGCGGGCGGCGGCUUCCCGGCCUGGGCACCCGGUUCCCGACUGACUCUGGCGGUGUCCCAAGCCCCCUGUCAGAAUGUCCAAGCGCGGCUGCUCCGGCCGCCCGGGAGGGGCUCGUCCCCCACUCACCACUUUACCCUCCUCGUCCCGCCGGUGACCGGAGCUCGCUCGCUUUUAGCCACUAGCAUGCUUUGUGGUCUUUGACCGACAGCACAAGGGUGACCCUACCACGGGGGGGCCUCCUCCCGGUGUCACCCCUUCCCUUUGAACGCCUCGUAGCGGUCAGGCAGUGACCCCGAGGCCGAUCUGCACUUGCAUUUGGCUAAGUCAGGUGCGUUUUAGAUGAAGUGAGGCGUUUGUUCCCCAUCCUUCUUCCUCCCCUCCCAAAAAAAAAAAAAAGAAUUAAAAUAAAUGCAUUUUAUCAUUUCCCCAUGAGCCACAUAAUCUUAGACAAGUCCAGGGUUAGGGCUGGAUUCUGCCCUGAAGGAGGUCAGCCUUCUCUUAAAAAAGUACAACGGGACGGGGGCGGGUGGGGAGGGGGCCGGGACAGAGAGAGCGCCUGGCCGAGGGCAACAGGUUGUCCCGCAUCCUCCAAGGGUGUCCCUUUCGGGCCCUCGUAGGCAAUCUUCUUGCGAUGUGUAAAGCACUGUGGAUUUGGGAUGGAGUCCCGGGAGCCGAGGGUCCGGCGGCGGCGGCACGCUCUGCAGGGCAGAGCCCCCGCCCGCCAGAGCCCCUCUUUCAUUUCCUCAUCCUCUACUCGGAAAGCCCGACGAGUUAGGUCUUCUUAGAGGCAGUAGGUAGCGAUCCAAUGACUUGGCUUUCCCAGGGAAGGAAAAAGGGGAUUGAAGAAUCCUCCCCGAGCCCCGCUCUCUGGCUCUUGGGUGAAGACCUUGUAAAGGGCUUAACCUAAAGGGCCGUGGAAAACCAAACAGAUUGGCCAUCGGCACAUUCAAGAAUCCGUCCUGCCAUUUCAACUAUAGCAAGCUAUGAUUUUUAUAUAUAAAUAUUAUAUAAAUAAUGUAUAAAACAUUAAAAAUUAACUAUGUAAAAUAUUAUUUCUGAAACAGUUUUAGAUAUAUCCACUAUGAUUAUAAACAGUGUCUUGACCUGUGUUAUUUACAUCAUGCUGCUUGAAAAAGCAUCGAGUUACUUUUUUUUUUUUUUUCAUCUAGUCAACUAAAACAUUCGUAGCUCUGUAGGAGUUGUCAGAAAAUGAAGAAAAGAUAGCGACAGCUAGAGAUGGUUGUAUAAAAAAAGAGCGAAAUUGUCUGUAUUUUUAUAAUGUCGAUGUUUGUAAAGAAAAAAAUUAUUCAGAGACUUUUGUAGAAUACGAGAACACAAAAGUUUGUAUUCGCAGAACAAUGGCUGUAUAAAUGUGCUUUUGGAAAUAAAAGCUCAUAACAUGACUAAUUA